CAAACUGUCACUCGUCAGUUUUCCGUGGCAAACUGGCAAUUGGUGUGUAGUAAUUUUCCAAAAAAAUCUAAAAACCAAAUAGUGAACAAAACUGUAACCAUUAAUUGAGAUCUACCUAAUUUUAAUUUCUGAGAAAACUUGGUAAUCAUCUGAUAAAUCUACCACUCAUUACGACGAAUAAUUGACCUCUUUCAACAACAAAAAAUGCUAAAAUGAUUAUGAACGUAUUGUGGAUAAACUAUUACCAUUGCAAAUACCAUUAAAGGACAUUGAUAACUCAAGAUUUUUAUUUUUAGAACUCGCUACUUCUAUUGUCAUUUAACUUCGUGCAAAUUUUGACUAACCGUCGUUGAAAAAAAGGAUAUGUCCUUAAAACCGAGACGAGUGGACUUUCAUGCAACCUGGGGGGCCAUUAAGGACACUAUCAAGGGUGUAAUUACUCUGGAUCAUGUGCCGAGAUCAGUUUGGAAUGAUAGGUUUUCUGAUGUAUACUCUUUAUGUGUGGCCCACCCUGAGCCAAUGGCUGAUCGCUUAUAUGCAGAAACAAAGCUUUACCUUAUUGACCAUGUUGGUAAGCUGUUAAGUAAAGUGCAAGAAGAUGGUGAGCAGAAUUUACUAAAAAACUACUUUCUGUAUUGGUCUCAAUACUCAGUUGGGAGUCAGUAUCUUCAUAGCUUAUACCUUUACCUCAACCAACAGCACAUUAGAACACAGAAGUUGAGUGAUGCAGAGAUCAUUUAUGGCAGCUCAGAUUCAUCUGGAGGUCUACAAAUAUUAGUACAGUUCGAAAAAUCAUCAUGCAAUGUUUGCAAAAGAUACACUAAAGUUUUACAUACUCUUUCUGAUAUUUAUCGAUACAAUGAUAAUAGCUUUAAUUUGACUAAAGUGCUACUACACAUAAAAGGUUUGCAAGUAUUAGCCUUGUUUGAAAAGUCAGUAUGUAGACUCUGCAGUCAGUGUUGUAAGAUUUUGACUAGUCUUUUUGAAAUUUGUCCAUGUUCUGACACGAUUUGUAAUAUUAACAAAGUCCUAAUCCGUUUUAAAGGUGAGCAAAUGGAAAUAGGGGAAUUAGCACUGGAAGUUUGGCAAAGUGGUAUGAUUGCGCCUUUAGGUCAAAAGUUAGUCAAAUUAUUAUUAGAAGCCAUUGAUCAAGAUCGAGCCGGGCAGACAUUGUCGACAUCUAUAGAAGCUGUUAGAGGAACAAUACUGAGCUUUGUUGAGGUGCAAGGUUACAGGAAAAAGGGUCAAUUGCAAUUGUACCAGGAGCUGUUUGAGGAGCACUUUCUGGACGCGAGUGGUGAACAUUUCAAGAGAGAUGCCGCCCGGCUCUUGCAGGAGAAGAACGUCAGUUUGUACAUGGAGAAGGUCAAAGCGAAAAUCGAAGAGGAACUGUUCAGGGCCAGGCGAUUUUUGCAUGUCAGUUCGCUGGCAAAGGUGUCGGCUCGUUGCGAAAUGCAUAUGGUGGCCGAGCAUUUGCAGUUCCUAUAUAGUGAGUGUAUGAACAUGGUGCAAGGGGAACGGUGUAAAGAUCUCUCCAAUAUGUACGACCUGCUUAAAGGCAUCCAGAAUGCUAUUACCGUAUUGGUCGACACUGUUUUAGACCAUAUCAAAACUCAGGGAUUGGCGGCGAUAGGUAACCUACAAGGCGAGAAUAUCCAUAUAGGUUUUGUAGAAAAUCUUCUAGCUGUAUAUAAGAAAUAUAAGAAAUUGAUCCAAGAUGUAUUCAAGUCGGAUCAGAAUUUCAUGGGUGCUUUAGACAAAGCGUGCAGUUCUGUGAUCAACCAUCGGCCUAAUCAGGGAAAGUCUCCGUGCCGGAGCCCUGAACUGUUGGCCAAGUACUGUGAUACAUUGCUUAAGAAAUCUAGCAAGGGCAUCAGUGAAUCGGAGGUGGACGAAAAGCUAGCAGAAAGUAUAAUAAUUUUUAAGUAUAUCGAUGAUAAGGACGUGUUUCAAAAGUUUUACUCUAGGAUGUUAGCAAAACGACUUAUUCACCAGCAAACACAAAGUAUGGAUGCUGAGGAAGCCAUGAUCAAUAGGUUGAAACAGGCUUGCGGUUACGAAUUCACGAGUAAACUUCAUCGGAUGUUUACUGACAUGUCAGUUAGUUCGGAUCUAAACAACAAAUUCAACGCCUUCCUGAAGCAGGAUAACAUUGACCUGGGCAUCAACUUUAGCAUUUACGUACUCCAAGCGGGUGCGUGGCCAUUGGGACAGGCUAUCGUUACGCCAUUUGCUUUGCCCCAGCAGUUAGAAAAAAGUGUACAAAUGUUUGAAUCCUUCUACCACAAUCGGUUCAACGGCCGCAAACUCACGUGGUUGCACCAUUUGUGUCAAGCAGAGCUAAAAUUGGGCUACUUGAAAAAACCUUACGUUGUUACUGUGCAGACCUUCCAGAUGGCCAUCCUUUUACUUUUCGAAAAUGCUGACAAACUAGCGUGCCGCGAGAUUAAAGACACGUUACAACUCAACCCUGAACAGUUCCAGAGACAUGUUGUUAGUUUGAUCGAGUCCAAACUAUUGCUGGCUGAUACCGAGGAAUUGACACCAGAAACUGUACUAAAAUUGAAUAUGGAGUACUCUAACAAACGAACAAAGUUCAGGAUAACUGCUGCUGUGCAGAAGGAAACUCCUCAUGAGGUGGAACAAACCAUGAAUUCUGUCGAAGAGGACAGGAAGAUGUACCUGCAGGCAGCCAUUGUUAGGAUCAUGAAGUCCAGAAAGGUGCUCAAGCAUAAUUUACUUAUACAAGAGGUGUAUGCUCAGUCAAAAAAGUCUUUUGCCCCCAGUGUUCAGCUGAUAAAGAAAAGUAUUGAAUCGUUGAUUGACAAACAAUACAUAGAACGGACACCGCAUUCUAGUGAAGAAUACAGUUAUAUUGCUUGAAUAUACAGAUUUACUUUAAUUUUGAUGAUGGUUGUCCGCCGUUUAAAAGACAAACUGAUUAUAUGAAUUUAUUUUUGUAAGCAGGCGAUGGAAUGUGAAGAAUCGACUGAUCAAAUUUGUUUAUUUUCAUAGUUCUCAUCUUUAUAUUGAUACCGUCAUUGGUUAUUAUUUAUUGCGCUUAGACCUUAUCAUGUAAAUAAAUUUGAUUUUUUGGAUAGGUUUCUUCGUUAUGUUGUUGAAUUUCUGAGAAUACUCUGUUGAAAUGCGAUGUGUACCAUACAUGUAAAUAUUUAAUUUAAUUUUAGGCUGAAUAAUGUUCAAGUGAUUUAUAUUAUAAUGAAUAAAUGUUUUCUAAU